CAUGACACUCAGUUCAUGUCGCACAUUAGAUCCACGAAAAUCCGUCGCCGCAUAUCCACAGAAGCGUGACGAAAAGGACAUCCACAUUAGCAACCAAGAAUCCAAAGGCAGGUACAAAAAUAAUGUUCGGUCGCCACUUGUAACACGUUUAUGGAGAUUAAGGAUAGUUGUUCAAUGUUAGGCCCGCAAAAAAAAAAUGACGGAGAACUCACAAACGCGUCACUCAAAAACGAUUUAUUCCUCCGUACACAGGGCAAAUCUCCAUAGUAUACGCAACACAUAGCACAUUGCUCUUAAAGGGGCUACACCGUUCUUAAAGCGGUAGCACCACUCCACUCGUUACAAGGUCUUGAAGUUCAGCAGGUGAAGCUAAUAACUAAUUAUUAAAACCCUAUCAUGAAACAUCAUCUGGUAGUUUAUGUUGUUUGCUUGUUUUAAUUUUUGUCUAUAAUUUUUUUUUCCUUUUACCAAAGGAAGAUUCAGAAUUAGACCUGGUGAUGUGCUGGAGGUAGAUGAGACUCCACUAGGGUGCAAAAAGGUUUUCUUUAUUGAAUGCUUAUCUUGGGCUGGACAUGCACACAACAGUGAACAGGCAUUACGAUGUGGAAUUAAACAAGCUUUGGCACUUUGUGAACAGCAGGCAUGGAGCUCAGUUGCUUUUCCGGUAAUUGGAACAGGAGAGCCACUGGCUAUGCCUGUACAAUAUGCCUCUAAUAUUCUGGUUGGAGAGAUUGAGACUUUUGGCCGGGCUGCAUCCACUAGUUCUCUCAGGACCACACGAAUUAUAAUAAUGCCUCAUUACCCAGAUUCUGAAAAGCAGCUCUGUUCUCCUGAACUUCCUGAGCAUCCUUAUCUGCUGUCCCAUAUUGUGAGGAAUCCUCCCGCUCGCACUUCCUCCUCUCAAACCCCUCUGGCUACCCUCAUGGACCAGAGAACUCAAACUGAUGGCUGUCCUCAUGCUGAACCUUGCUGCCCUGAGCUUGGAACUCCCGUCUCUCCUCCUCGUCCCUCAUCACCUCCUCUCGCCUGUAUCCGCCCUUUUUCUCCUGCUUUGGCUUCUCCCUCCUCUGGCUCUGAAACUGGAUUGCCAGUUUACAUUUCCCCUUCUCCCUCUCCUCAGCCUUGCUCUCCAGACUACACUCCUACCUCUCCUAGGCCUGAUAGUACUGGGCCUUAUUACUUUUUCUAAGUUUUAUA